GUCAUUAUUGGCACGUGACAUGUCAGCUGACCAAAGAAGCGAAAUUAAAAGUAACUGGGUAGCAAGAAAACAUGGCGGCCGUUUCGGCCAUGAAAUGGAAACUUAUACCAACUUCUGCAGGCCCGCAACCUCGUCCAAGACAUGGUCAUCGUGCCGUUGCAAUACGAGAGCUUAUUGUGGUUUUUGGUGGUGGAAACGAAGGCAUUGUUGACGAACUUCAUGUAUACAAUACAGCCUCGAAUCAGUGGUUUGUUCCCGCUAUUCGUGGUGAUAUUCCUCCAGGAUGUGCUGCAUAUGGUUUUGUCUGCGAUGGAACGAAACUCUUCAUUUUUGGUGGAAUGAUGGAAUAUGGCAAAUAUUCGAACGAGCUUUAUGAACUUCAAGCGACUCGUUGGGAAUGGAAGAAUCUUAAACCCAAACCAGCAAAAGGUGGAUUAGUGCCAUGUGCAAGAUUGGGUCAUAGUUUUACUUUAGUUGGUCAUAAAGUUUUUUUAUUUGGUGGUUUGGCAAAUGAUAGUGAUGAUCCCAAGAGUAAUAUACCAAGGUACUUGAACGAUCUUUUUGUUCUUGAUCUAAAAAAUACCAACAGUCUACAAUGGGAAGCUCCUACUCAGAUGGGCUGUAUUCCUUCUCCAAGAGAAUCUCACACUUGUGUUACAUUCACAAAAUUUGAUGGCAGAGAUCAGCUUAUUGUUUUUGGUGGAAUGAGCGGAUGUCGUCUUGGAGAUUUGUAUCAACUAGAUAUUGAAACCAUGGUUUGGACAAAGCCAAAAGUCAUGGGUACCAUACCUUUGCCAAGAAGUCUUCAUUCAGCUACAGUCAUUGGAAGAAGAAUGUUGGUAUUUGGUGGUUGGGUUCCUCUUUCUUCCAAUGCUGACGUCAAAGUUACUCCAGGAGAAAAAGAGUGGAAAUGUACCAACACUCUAGCUUGUUUGAACUUAGAUAACAUGACAUGGGAGAAUGCUCCUGUUGAAGAAAGUGAUGAAACAUAUCCAAAGCCUAGGGCUGGACAUUGUGCUGUUGGGAUUGGAAGUCGUUUGUAUUUAUGGAGUGGAAGAGAUGGCUACCGAAAAGCCUGGAACAACCAGAUCUGCUGUAAAGAUAUGUGGUUUUUAGAAACAGAUAAACCUUCCGCUCCAACCAGAGUUCAAUUAGUUCGCGCCAGUACUAAUACUUUAGAGGUUUGCUGGGGUCGAGUUCCUACAGCUGAUGCAUAUGUACUUCAAGUUCAAAAGUACGAAGUACCAAGCACUAGUUCAUCGAUCAACUCAAGCAUGAAGCUUUCGAGUACAAAGCCCACAACAACGCCAGCAAAAAUGUCCGUAAGCAUGCCUCCAAAGCCACAAUCUAUUUCAAAAUCUCCUAUUUCCGCUGGUACACCUCUUGUGCAAAAUGACGGUGAUGCGAACACCAAGUCUCCGGCUUCUGUUCAAAAACCCACACCACUUCAACAGCAAGUUAAGAUUGUGCGAGGUACGGGAAAUGUUAAUUCCACGCCAGGUGUAUCGUUAGUUCGUGUUCAAAAUACUCAAUCAAAAUCUUGCAUUAACACAACUCCAGCAAACACCGUUUCAAGAGGUGCUUCAAAACCACAACAGAUUGUUAUGGUAAUGUCACCGAGUACAAAUAAAGGAGAGGGGGGAAAAGUUACAUUCACAACGACACAGACAGUGACAUUAGCACAAGGACAGAAAACCUAUACUGCUGCUGAGCUUAAUCAAAUUAUUCAGUUAUCACAACAAGGCACUGCUUUGAAAAUUGUAUCUAUGGCGAAUCAAAGUUCGGAUGCGUCAUCAUCUGGUGGAAUAAAAUUGGUCCAAAGGCAGGGUAACGGACAGGUUAUUAUAAAAAUGGUAACUUCAAGUCAGUCUGCCCUCGCAACGACUACAACAACAUCCAAUAGAACUCAAACUAAAACAGUAGACAUAACAAAACGGAAGGUUGAGCAAACUACGAAAACAAUUGCUGAUAGUUCGAUCUCAUCGACUGUUUCUGUACCAUCCGCUGACACAACUUCUAAUAUUGCGCCUGCUCCUGCAAUCACUUCUACCACUGCUGUGAUUGCUACUGGUAAUGUUUCAUCUACCACAAAUACUCCUGCUGGUUCUAUCGUUGAUGCGGCUGCCGCUAAUUCAUUGACCACGAGUACCGAUGUUACCAAAUUGUUGAUACAAGCAAGUAUAUCAACGUCCACAACACCUACUGUAACGACAACAAAUACUUUGACUUCCUCGCAAAUGACCAAGCUCGAUGACGUCGUAGCGAAUACAAAAGAUUUGCCUUCAACUACGUCAAGUGAACCAGGUCCGUCGCUUGAUAAAAAGCAACAAUGUGGAAACGUUUCUGAAAAUGUGGAUGCUAGCAAGAUGUCUAUCACAAUGGCAGUCACGCCAGUAGUAUCAUCAACAAGUACUAGUGGUUGCCUUUCAAAAACUACGGAAAAUUCUGAGAAAAAGUUGAAUACUCCAGACUCAACGACACCCAUUACAAAUGCUGUAAAUAUGUCAUCUGUUGAUAAUUCAUUGACACAAAACACAAUCACCUCGACUAACAAACCAAACUUAGUGUCAACAAGUUCAGAUUUGCGCAGGAUUGCAACGCUUGCAACCAAUACUAAAGUUACAACACCAGCAGCAGUUGUUUCACAACCUGUUUCACUUGGUGGUUGUACAUCUCAACAGUCUACAACAGGAACUACGUCAUCAAUUACCAGAGACUUGGCCCCCCCGGCUUCGACGGCAAACAAUGCUAACAAGGUGAAAUCUACUGUAAAGACGGCCCUGCAAAGUCAUACAAACGGUGUCCAUGGAAACAAGACCAGUGGCACGCAAUGGCACGAUGUCGGUGUUGUCAAAGGAACAUCGACCACAGUUUCUCAUUAUUACGUAAGACGUAGUGGUGAUAUGCAGAGAAUAACGAAUGAAAAUCAAACCCCGUCAGGAGUGAAGUAUGAACUUCUUCCUGGUACUGCGUACAAAUUUCGUGUUGCUGGUUUAAAUUCUUGUGGUCGUGGAGCAUUCAGCGAUAUUUCUGCUUUUAAAACGUGUUUGCCAGGAUUUCCCGGGGCCCCAUCUGCAAUUAAGAUUAGCAAGAAUUCCGAAGGAGCGCAUCUUUCUUGGGAGGCUCCGACCAAUGUAGCUGGUAAUGUCAACGAGUAUUCAGUGUACCUCGCUGUCCAUAGUCAAUCCAGUGAUACUAAAGAGGUCACUGGAAUUGGUCCUUCGCCAGUACAACUGGCGUUUGUUCGUGUGUACUGUGGUUCAAAACCUUCGUGUACUGUUAGUGCAGAUACCUUGAAGAAUGCUCACAUCGACUAUUCAACCAAACCGGCUAUCAUAUUUCGUAUAGCUGCGAAGAACGAUAAAGGUUACGGUCCAGCAACGCAAGUGAGAUGGUUACAAGACGCCAAAGACUUAAAAGGCACUGGACUUAAGAGACAUAAUACAGAAAGAUCUAGCGAACCAUCAAAAAAGAUAAAGAAGGAGUAAGCGAAUAUUUUAUAAGAAAGAAAAACAUAUUUCAAAACAACAUAAAUGCAUGUUUUAAACAAAAACUUUGUACGAGUAUUCUGUAUGGAAGCUCGCGAGUUUCUUUGUUGAGUAAUGUGGUUGUGAAGUAAACCGUCUGCUACGUUGUAAAAUAAAUGAGAUUGCAUAAAAGCUAUUUAACAAUUUUAUUGAUACUCUAUAUAAUUCGUAUGUAUGCCUCUAUAUUUUAGCAUCACGAGCCAGGAAAUAUAUUUCAUACAGCGUCAAAAACUCAAUAAUUUACCUUUUCUAAUUAUAUUGGAAAUUCAUAUCAUGUCAUUAAGUUAGACAUUAAUGUUCAUAAUGAUUUCGUCCCCCCCCCUGGAAAAUCUACCGCUUCUGUCUUUCUCAUUGAGAAUAUUUUAUUACUAUACUUUUAAUAUCAUGUGAAUACAACGAUAUCCAAACUAAGUGUUAAAUGAACAAAAACUUUAUGAAAAAAACAAUACAAUAACGUCACGAAUCUCGAUUGAUAUCGAUUCGCCUGAUGGUCUUUAAUGCGAAUCCGACGCACUUUUGUAUUAUUGAAUAUAUUUUUAUACAAGUAAGCACCUUAGGUCAUGACGAGGAGAAUUUUUUUAUGAAACGACUAAACUCCAGACACCAACUUCAUCGUGAAUACUGUAAAUCAUGUUGAGAAACUUUGUAAAAUGUGUCGUUUGAACUUAUUGAGUUUUUGAUGCUGUCCAUCUUUUGUACAUACAUUAAAGUUAAAAGCUAUGACAAGAAACUUUUGGGAAAUUAA